AUGGCACCCGGCCUCGUCGAGCCCGCCGUCCCCGCUCCCUCCGCCUCCGCCCUCGCCUCCGUAACCGCCGAGUACGACGACACUUUGCGCUUUUACCUGAACGGUACGCGCGUCGUGCUCGACAAUGCCGACCCGGAAGUUACACUGCUCGAGUACCUGCGCGGCAUCGGCUUAACUGGUACGAAGCUUGGCUGCGCCGAGGGCGGCUGCGGCGCAUGCACCGUUGUUGUUUCGCAGUGGAACCCGACCACCAACUCCAUCUACCACGCCAGCGUGAAUGCCUGCCUGGCGCCGCUGGUCAGCGUUGACGGUAAACAUGUUGUGACGGUCGAGGCGCUGGGAGACCCCAGCAAACCGCAUCCGGUGCAGGAGAGAAUCGCGAAGAUGAACGGAAGUCAGUGCGGCUUCUGCACCCCCGGAAUUGUCAUGAGUUUAUAUGCCCUGUUGCGAAACAACCCCGAACCAUCCGAACACGACGUCGAAGAGGCCUUCGAUGGCAACCUCUGCCGCUGCACUGGAUACAGGCCAAUCCUGGAUGCAGCACAGAGCUUCAGCGCAAAAAGUCCGUGUGGGAAGGCAACGGCUAACGGCGGCAGCGGCUGCUGCAUGGAGAAGACGAAUGGGGGUUGCUGCAAGAAUGGCACGAAUGGUGUAAACGGUGUGAAUGGGGAUGCACAGCCGGUCAAGCGGUUCACCCCUCCGGGGUUUAUCGAAUACCAGCCAGAUACUGAGCUUAUCUUCCCACCCGCAUUGCGGAAGCACACGUUCAGACCCCUGGCUUUUGGCAACAAGAGGAAGAAGUGGUUCAGGCCGGCCAGCCUGCAACAGCUGCUGGAGAUCAAGAGUGCCUAUCCGUCCGCCAAGCUUAUCGGUGGAAGCACCGAAACGCAAAUCGAGGUCAAGUUCAAGAACAUGCAAUAUACAGCCUCUGUGUUCGUUGGAGACGUCCCCGAACUGAGACAAUAUUCGUUCAAUGAUGAUCACCUCGAGAUUGGUGGAAAUGUCGUUCUCACAGACCUUGAGAAGAUUGCCAAGGAAGCCCUGGAGCACUAUGGAGAGACCAGAGGCCAGCCUUUUGCGGCGAUUCUCAAACAGCUCAGGUAUUUUGCUGGAAGGCAGAUUCGCAACGUGGGAACGCCUGCUGGAAACCUUGCAACCGCAUCGCCCAUCUCCGACUUGAAUCCCGUCUUUGUCGCAACAAGGACGACACUGGUCGCCAAGAGUCUGAAAAAGACCACCGAGAUUCCGAUGGCUGAGUUUUUCAAGGGAUACAGAACAACUGCUCUCCCUCCGGAUGCCGUCAUUGCCAGUUUGCGGAUCCCAGUUGCUAAGGAGAAGGGCGAAUACCUCCAAGCUUUCAAGCAGGCUAAGAGGAAAGAUGACGAUAUCGCAAUCGUCAACGCUGCUCUGCGCGUCGAGCUCAGCGAUGCCUACACGGUUGACUCGAUAGAUCUUGUAUAUGGCGGUAUGGCCCCGACAACUAUUGCCGCAAAGAAAACAGGCGAGUUCCUCCACGGCAAGAAGUGGACAGAUCCGCAGACCCUCGAGGGUGCCUUCAGUGCGCUGGAGGAAGACUUUGACCUGCGCUUCGGAGUGCCCGGUGGCAUGGCAACAUAUCGAAAGACGCUUGCACUCAGUUUCUUCUACAAGUUCUACCACGAGGUCCUCGCCAAGCUCCAGGCGGAAGAGGCAGAGAUCGACAAGCAGGCUAUUGGAGAGAUCGAACGCCAGAUUUCUUACGGUAAAAAGGACCACGGUGCUGCCGAGAAGUACGAGCAGAAGAUUCUAGGAAAGCAACGUGAGCAUGUUGCUGCUAUGAAGCAGGUCACCGGUCAAGCGCAGUACACGGACGAUAUCCCCGUCCAGAAGAACGAGGCUUACGGCUGCCUGGUCCUCUCCACGAAGGCGCGUGCAAAGCUUCUAAGCGUGGAUCCUUCCCCUGCACUCGAUUUGCCUGGCGUCAUCGACUGGGUCGACCACACUGACCUGCCCAAUGCCAAAGCAAAUUGGUGGGGAGCUCCCGUGUGCGAUGAGGUCUUCUUCGCUGUCGAUGAGGUUUUCACUGCUGGUCAGCCGAUUGGCAUGAUCUUGGCUGAUUCUGCCAAGCAUGCCGAAGCUGCAGCCAGAGCCGUCAAGGUCGAGUACGAGGAGCUGCCCGCUAUUUUCACCAUCGAGGAAGCUAUUGAGAAGGAGAGCUUUUUCGAGCAUUACAGGUACAUCAAGAAGGGGGAUACCGAGGAAGCUUUCAAGAACUGCGACCAUGUCUUCACCGGCGUUGCACGCAUGGGUGGCCAAGAGCAUUUCUAUCUCGAGACCAACGCAUGCGUUGCUAUACCAAAGCCCGAAGAUGGUGAGAUGGAGAUCUGGAGCAGUACGCAGAAUCCAACUGAAACCCAAGCCUAUGUUGCUCAAGUCACCGGCGUUGCUGCUAACAAGAUCGUCGCCAAGGUUAAGCGCUUGGGCGGUGGCUUUGGAGGAAAGGAGACUCGUUCCAUCCAGCUUGCGGGCAUUGCCGCCGCGGCUGCAAAGAAAUGCAAGCGUCCCGUGCGCUGCAUGCUCAACCGUGACGAAGACAUAAUGACUUCCGGCCAGCGUCAUCCUUUCUUGGGCCGGUGGAAGAUUGGCGUCAACAAGGACGGCAAGAUUCAAGCGCUCGACGUGGACAUCUUCAACAAUGGUGGAUGGAGUCAGGAUCUCAGUGGUGCCGUCGUCGACAGAGCUUGCUCGCAUGUUGAUGGCGUCUACAGCAUACCAAACGUCUACGUCCGUGGAAGGGUUUGUAAGACGAACACCGUGUCAAACACUGCCUUCCGUGGCUUCGGUGGGCCGCAGGGCAUGUUCAUUGCUGAAAGCUACAUCGAAGAGGUUGCCGACCACCUGGGGAUGCCUGUGGACGAGUUCCGCAAGAUCAACAUGUACCAGCCUGGCGAUCGCACCCACUUCCACCAAGAGCUGAAAGAUUAUUACGUCCCACUCAUGUACAAGCAGGUCGUUGAAGAGUCUGAUUACGAACGUCGUCGCAAGGAGGUGGAUGAGUUCAACAAGACGCACAAGUGGAACAAACGCGGUCUCUCCAUUAUUCCGACCAAGUUUGGCAUUUCUUUCACCGCACUCUUCCUCAACCAGGCUGGUGCACUAGUCCACAUCUACCACGAUGGGUCGGUACUGCUAGCACAUGGUGGUACAGAAAUGGGUCAGGGCUUGCACACCAAGAUGACAAUGAUCGCAGCCGAGGCGCUCGGCGUUCCGCAGGACAAUGUCUUCAUCUCCGAAACGGCUACCAACACCGUCGCAAACACAUCCUCCACCGCAGCAUCGGCAUCAUCUGAUCUGAACGGCUACGCAGUUUGGAAUGCGUGCAAGCAGUUGAACGAGCGUUUGGCGCCGUACCGGGAGAAGCUUGGGCCUGAGGCCACCAUGAAGGAGCUCGCACACGCCGCUUACUUCGACCGUGUCAACCUCUCCGCCAACGGCUUCUACAAGACCCCGGAUAUCGGCUAUAUCUGGGGCGAGAAUACCGGACAGAUGUUCUUCUACUUCACUCAGGGAGUCGCUGCCGCCGAAGUAGAGAUCGACACUUUGACGGGCGAUUGGACCUGUCGCCGUGCUGACAUCAAGAUGGACGUCGGCCGCUCCAUCAACCCGGCCAUCGACUACGGUCAGAUCGAGGGCGCGUUCGUGCAAGGCCAGGGUCUCUUCACUACCGAGGAGAUGCUGUGGCACCGCGCGUCCGGCCAGAUCUUCACCCGCGGUCCUGGCGCGUACAAGAUCCCCGGCUUCAGAGAUAUCCCGCAGGAGUUCAACGUUAGUCUGUUGAAGGACGUUAACUGGGAGAACUUGAGGACCAUCCAGAGAUCGAGAGGCGUGGGCGAACCCCCGCUGUUCUUGGGUUCGGCCGUCUUCUUCGCCAUCAGGGACGCACUAAAGGCGGCGAGGAAAGAGUUUGGGGAGGAGAGCUUGCUCAGUCUGCAGAGUCCCGCUACGGUGGAAAGGAUCAGAGUGAGCUGCGCUGAUCCCAUUGUAAAGAGGGCAUGGGUCGAGCCGAGGGAAGGUGAGAAGAGCUUCUUCGUCAGCAUCUAA